AUGUCGCUGCCAGACCAGCCCGAGGAUCGCGUUGGCUGCAUUCCAGCCCAGCAACCCGCCGAGACCGAACCUGCCACCGGCCAAGGCCACACCCAGAAGCUUUAUAGAAGCUCCGUCUCCUCAUCCUCAGACACUCCUCCUUCUCAGCCUCCCACGAAAGACCAACCUCAUCAACUCCAAAGCGAAUCGUCAAACUCAAAUCUCCCUGCAGAAUCUGAGGAGAAGAAGGCAGACCAACCACAGGAUCAAGACAAUAGCAGCGACGAAAGCAGUAGCACACACGAGAAAGAAGACGACGACAUGCUCUCUGUCGAGAACCUGAGCAGUGCCAGCAGCACCAGCCUCGCUGUGCCUACUGGCGAUGUGCCUGCUCUCCCUGCGAAGAGCUCACUGAGAGCUUCGAGACUUCUUGGGUCGAUCCCGCAAAAGAAGUCUCCCAGCGAUGACCAACCCAUGCUGCCACAUGCCGCACCACAUCAAGUCUAUCUCUCUUCAGAGGAAGAUGCCUCCUCAUCAGCCGACGACUUUUCCGACUUUGACGACGAAAUCGAGUCGGAUGCCGAAGGAUCACAGAAACCCAGUGUGAGAAGCAUAAGUCGAGAGGAUACAGCCCGUGUAGUUGCCGUGGUUUUUCACGGCAAGCCAUCCAUUGUGACAUUGUCUCCAAGGAGGUCAAUUUCACCAAGCUCAACCGAAGUCCGAGAAUCUGGAGCUGGUCUCCUGCGCACGACUACGGAGCCUUCUCUCCAACGACCUCGAUCUGUGUCUUCGACCUCAUCUACAAUCAUUUUUAAUCGCCCUCCUCGGUCCAGCAGCAUGAUGACUGCUUUCGAGAAAAAGCGACCCCAUUUCUUACACAUUGAUCCCUAUGCCAAGGGCAAGGAUGAGCAGACUGAGCCGACCAAGGCUCCCAAGACGCCUACUGCCAUGAUCCGAAGAACGCUAAGCUUGGUCAAGAAGCGUAGCAAGCAAAACUUGCAGCAAAGCGAGAGUCAAAUCAAGCCAAUGGAGAAGGUUGGCGAAGUCGAGGAGGAGGAGGACCCUAGAGAAAGCCUAUGCUUUGAGCCUACCACCCCCGGCCCAGUCAAUUAUCAGGAUAUCAUGAAGACGGCUAAACGCAAUGCCUCAAUGUCGACACCGCGAAGCGAAGUAUCAUUACCAAUGUCGCCCAAAAAUCGGUUCCGGGCAGGGUUAUCUCUCGGCCGGCAACGGAGCGUCAGGGCAUGA